UUGACAGCGAGAGCAGGGAGUCAAUUUGUCUGUUUUUUUUUUUUUUAGCAGAGCAAGUCUUGAACCGGCGUGUCGGAGCGGCAAGGGACCAAAACACGUCCCUCCUCUGGUGACAGACAGACAGACAGACAGACAGACAGCCGUCCGUCCCUGUGACAGCGUGCGGAAAUGCUUCGGCAUAGCAGCCUCUGAGUGAGGGGUUGUUCCUCCCAGGUCUGGUUUGAUCUUCACCAUGGCAGGAGAUGUCUUCAGCCCGCCAUCCCCUCUGGGGGAUUCCCUACUGGACAGUCCACUGUGUGGAGACCUUAUGGAGGAUCUUUGUGAUAUCUCCCAGUCUAUAGGAGACGACACUCUGGGAUUUGAUUUCCCAGAGUACCAGAGCGCUGGCUCAGGGUCUGAGAGCUCCAUUGCACUGGACACAUUGACCCCAGCCUCCAGUCCGUCGACCGGGGUCUGUGGAGCAACGCCAGGCUCAGAGGAGAGCUUCACCCCCCUCAACUUGGAAUGCCGGGUGUGCUCAGACAAGGCUUCAGGCUUCCACUAUGGGGUGCAUGCCUGUGAGGGCUGCAAGGGUUUCUUCAGGAGGACCAUCAGGCUAAAGCUGGAGUAUGACAAGUGUGAACGCAACUGCAAAAUCCAAAAGAAGAACCGCAAUAAGUGCCAGUACUGCCGAUUCCACAAGUGCCUUUCUGUUGGCAUGUCCCACAAUGCUAUCCGCUUUGGUCGGAUGCCUCAGGCGGAGAAGCUAAAGCUCAAGGCGGAAAGCAAGAUGGUGGAGAAAGAGGUGGCAAGUCCCAUGUUGGCCGACCACAAGAUUCUGGUCAGGCAAAUCCACGAGGCUUACAUGAAGAACUUCAGCAUGAACAAGGCAAAAGCUCGGCUCAUACUCACCGGAAAGACCAGCAAGCCGCAGCCUUUCAUCAUUCACGACAUGGAGACGUUCCAGCUGGCAGAGAAGACGUUGGCGGCUCAUAUGGUAAAUGGUGGCUAUCCAGAGCCUGAGAUCGGCCUCCAAGCACGGGAGAUGGUUCCAGCUGUGGGGUGUGGGGAGCUCCAGCAGAGGGAGGCUGAGGCCAGGCUCUUCUACUGCUGCCAGAGUACCUCGGUGGAGACGGUCACAGAGCUGACAGAGUUCGCCAAGGCGGUGCCUGGUUUUCAGAACCUGGAUCUGAAUGAUCAGGUGACUCUCUUGAAGUAUGGCGUUUACGAAGCCCUCUUCACCCUUCUGGCCUCAUGCAUGAACAAAGACGGCCUUCUGGUGGCCCGCGGUGGAGGCUUCAUCACCCGAGAGUUCCUCAAGAGCCUCCGGCGGCCUUUUAGUGACAUGAUGGAGCCCAAAUUCCAGUUUGCCACACGCUUCAACUCUCUGGAACUGGAUGACAGUGACCUGGCCCUUUUUGUGGCUGCCAUCAUCUGCUGUGGAGAUCGCCCAGGCCUGGUGGACGUGCCUCUAGUGGAGCAGCUGCAGGAGACCGUCAUUCAAGUACUACGGCUCCACCUGCUGGCUAACCACCCACAGGACAACUUCCUCUUCCCCAGACUACUGCAAAAACUGGCCGAUCUCCGGGAGCUGGUCACCGAGCAUGCUCAGCUGGUGCAGGAAAUCAAGACAACAGAGGACACAUCGCUACACCCCCUUCUGCAAGAGAUAUACAGGGACAUGUACUGAAACGAUAGCAAGCACAUGGUCAUGAACAGGGACAUGUAUGUCAAAUAUUAAUAGAUGUCAUUUAGAACUUGAUGUACAUAAAUAUGUACUGACAGUAUCGUAUCAAUGUACUGUAAGCAGCUUAUUGUGCAGCUUCUGUGGACGCACACUUCUGUGAUCUGCAGGGGUUGCAUUGAGACCAUGUGACUUUAUACUGGAGCAAAACAUAAAUGAAACAGGGGAAAGGCAGCCCAUGUAGCUGGCGUGAGCGCUUCCAUGGGGACACAGCGGGGAACUCAAACUUUUUCUCCACACACCGUAGCUGUGGAGCGGAUAUUUGUUUAAUUGUUUUGAGCAUCCAGUUGCUAUGCAUUGGGCCCUGAUGCCAGCUUUUACUCUACAGAAACAAAGGCUUAAUCAAAGGCAAAAUAGAGAGUAGGCUAUCCAGAUUUGCAUGGCAUUAAAAAUGGCCAUACACAUAUUAAGUAUAUCUAGACACGACUGUGGAGGUCAUGCAUGCAAGACACAGUAGACCUUGACUCUAGACGUAUUCUGAAUAUUCUGGAUACUUUGUGUAGAAGACACAAAAGUCCCUUAUUGAUCUCCCAUGACCCUUUUGAGAUUAGUGCUUGAUGAAACACCUGCAUCAGUAUUCACUCGGUGCCAUAAUGCCUCAGUGCCUGAGCUAUUUUUUUCCUCCCUUUUGACCUUGAGCCUUCAGAGCUUUUUUCGUCUGAACCAUGGGGUAGAUUUAUGACUGUAGUGCUGAACCGGGGAUUGUUCUCACAUAUUAAAUCAUAAAUUGUGAACAAUAACAUCAAGUAAGCAGUGAACUAACCAACCAGCCAUCAUUUGAAAAUACUGUCAUUUACUGUAUUGUGUAUUUAUUUUAAAUACUUUAUCCUACUGCUAAGAAACAACAGGAUAGCUCAACCAACAUUUUUUUUUUUUUGUCAGAUCAGUGCUAUAGUGGACAAAGUAUUUUGUGCAAAUCCUGCCAUCAAGACACUGCUGAAAAACUGCAUGGGCCAGUAUUGAAUAUUUUGACCACAAACAUAAUAAUCAGUUAAGCUGGUUUCUGUUUUAUUUUGUAAAUAUAACAAGAAUUCAAUGACCACAGUGAAAGGGACGUGUGUGUGUGUGUGUGUGUGUGUGUGUUUGUGUGCAGACAGUAAAACAGCCCGCUAAAAGAGGAGCUGACUGCCUCGUUUGCUGUACUGAGACGACACCUUCAGAUGUAGUGUUGUCAUGAUGAAAUGGUUUAUAUAUGUAUUUUUUGCCAUGUUCAGUGUACAAUUUAAAAAUGCAUUUGAUUUUUCAUUAAAAGGAAUCAAUCAUGUUGUGCAGUAAAUAAACUAAUAUAUUUAGCAGA